UUUGUCGUCAUGGUAACGCUUCCGUGGUGGUGUGAUGGAGGAGGGAGCAGUAUAUUGCACACCGACGCUGACAUCGAAAAAGAAAAGGCGCGCACAAGAAAAGGGUAAGCAGCUGUUACUCUUCCCAAUACAACUGCUGCGCUCCCCUGUGGCGUGUGCGCUCCUACCAGCCAUUAGCCUGCUGGCAGUGCCAGGAGCCAGCCUGGAGCCGGCCCGCCUAAGCAUGUCGGGACCUUCACCUGGCAAGACCCCCCGCUUUCCUAUCGCUGUGGAUAUUCCUGUUCCACCAGAGCGACGAACAUCAGCCAUCAAUAUUGUCACUAACCCCAGCUUUGACGGUGGCUUGGAACAGGCCCCAGAAGAAGCUCUUUACUCCACAAUUCAGCCAAAGCACGAGUGUGGAUCUAGUCCUGGAACACCACCUCCCCCCCUGCCUCCAAAACAACUUGAAGUUCUCUACACCAAGCCUAUUAAGCCCAAGAAAUCCAAAUCGAGAGAAGGGUCCCGAGGCUCGAAGGAUUUUGGAGAUGGAAAAGAUGGCCCUCAGCUCUGGAAGCUGCACAUAUCGCAAGAGAGCCCCCCAAAGCCUUCACAGAGCUCCUCUGGGUGCAAUUGUCAGCAACUGGCAUCAUUACUGCAAGACAACUAUGCUAUGAAGCAUGAACUACUAACAUAUAAGGAUCGGAUAAAAUCUCUUACUACUAAACUAAAACAGUUUGAAGGAAUAUCGGAAGUGAUGAAGGAGCUUCAACAGAAUGUUGAAAGAGUGUCGGAAGAAAAUAAAAGGCUCAAGCAGUAUGAAAAAUGCAUUACAGAGGCCAAGACUACAGAACAAGAGAAGCAUGACCUUUUUGAACAGCUCAAAGAUGCACAGUCACAGUACAAGUAUGAUGUGGACCACCUGAGCCAGCAGGUGAGUCAGCUGGAGCGCGAGAAGCAAGAACUGGAAGGGGCCCUAGCCAAGUUACAGCAGGAGCAUGACCAGCUGCUCAUCUCCACCCAGAAUUCUGUCUCCUUUCAGUUCCACACAACAGCCAUGCUUGAGGUGAAGAGGCUUCUAGAAGAGCUCAAACAAAAGUACCAAAAUGACAAGGAAAAUCUCACACAUAAGGUUCAGCUGGCCGAACAAGAACGGCAGGAGCUGAAACAGCAGCUGGUACAGCUAGAAGAAGAAGUGGGAUGGCUACGGAGUGACCAUAGUGCUCUCUCAGGUGCCUACCGCCGAGCUGUUCGCCAAAACCACACAUUAGUCACCCAUCUUCGUGAACUUCAGGAUGAUGACUCCGAGAUGCACUCACUGCUGUCAUCACUUCUUGUCACUGCUCACCAAGUAGUUUCUGAACGUGACAGCUUAGAAAUAAAGAAUGAGGAAAAGGAGAAAGAGUGCCAACACAUGUUGGAACUUCUUGGACAGCAUAAUGUGGAUAUAGAUCAGUUGAACAAAUAUCUCAAGAACAUGCAGGACCAAACAGAGGAUGAGAAGCACAAAGUAAAGCAUAGGCGGGAAGUAGAGGGAAACCUUCAGGAAGAAUACGAACAGCAGAUCUCUCACUUGCACACAAAGGUGGAGCAGAAGCAGCAAGAACUGGAAAGUGUUCACAGAGAAAAAAGGAAGCUGGAGAGAGAGCUCGAGCAACUGUGGCAGGUACUUGCCCACGAGACUGAACUUAAGGCAUUGCCAGGCGACACAGCACAAGCUUUUGCUCUUCACCAGCUUGCAUCACAAAAUUAGCCCUGUGCCACCUGCGGUAAAAAAAAAGUGAUACAGUAUGGGCCUUUUUCACAACUUUGUUGUCUUGCCAUGUGCUUUAAUAUUACCAUAUAGACUUGUGCAAGCGCCACACUUCUUUUUUUCACAAUUUUGGCAAGGUGUGGCCCUUACACGGGACCGAACCUUUUGGUCAAAAUGGGGCCGGCGCAGCCGGCGAGUACUGCACACCCCGGAUCCCCGGAUGUACCAUUGCAUCAGAGGUCAACUUUCAGAACUCACCAUCAAGUAGCGGCACGCGAAAGUACACAGCGCAUGAAAAUUCGCCAAUGCGUGCAUGCGGCAUCGAGGCAUCGAAUGCAAUUGCUUCUCUGAUGGAAAUUUUUUUCUCCAAAUUUUGGGCUGCCAAGUUGGGGGUGCGGCCCUUACACGAGUCUAUACGGUAAGCACUGAAUGCUGAGCAACAAUUUUAUCUGUUGCUUACUAAAAAAAAUAA